AUGGUUCUCCCUCACCAGCGCCAACGCCAACAUGGCAACGACACGCUCGUUACACCAGUCACUCCAACUACUCCAUCUCCCAGCUCUCAGCAUGCCAGCAGCAGCAACAACAACCUGAUGGUUGUGGCAUACGAGCAGCCAAAGAUCUCCAUCAGCCGUCGCCUUGGCUACGAGAUUGUCACCUUGGUUGUUGGCAAGGAUCCAGCAACCGAGCCAUUCGCUGUUCACAAGAACAUCUUGCGUGAUGUCGGUGGUAUGUUCGUGAAGAUGUGUGAAGAGUCGCCAAAUGGCUCCAAUGUCAGGAUGCCGGAAGAAGACCCAGAGGUCAUCAAGCUCUUGAUUGAUUACGCAUAUUCCGACGAGCUCCCGAUGGUAUCCGUGUUCUCCACUGAGGGUGAAAGAGGUGUCGAGCUCCGCCGACUGGUUCAGUUCUAUGCCCUUCUUGACAAGUUUGAUGUCAACCACGAGAUCAGAAACAAGGUCAUGGACAACAUUCAGAAUGGGUUCUACAUUGUCGGAAAGCUUCCAGAGGGUCCUUUGAUUCAGGCAAUCUACGACCACAGUCGCUCUGAGUCCAAGCUGAGAAAGUUCUGUGCUGUCUCCAUGGUCUAUCUCCUGCAUGACCCAUACUAUGUCCAAGACGGAUUUAUUCCAUCUUUGAUCAACAGCAAUGACGAUUUGAUGGUUGAUUUCCUGGAGGCAGUUCGGCUUUACAAGCAAAGACAAGACCCACGCAUUCGUCACUGCCAAGGCGAUCCUCGAUGUGUCGAGUGCGACGGUAGUAACCACCUUGUUGGUAAAGACGGAGUUCCACCAUGCCACUUCCACAUCCACGAGAAGUAUGAGAAUAGUGCAGGCAUUUUUGAGGAUGGUCCUUGUUAUUUGUGGAAGAACGGAUGA